AUGCUGUUUCUAGUCGGUAAAAAGACAUUAUGAACGUAGCGAAUGCUAGCGAUUGAUAAAUAUUUAAAGGCUUGUAGGGCGUACAAGCUGUCAUUCCCUUACAAAUUCAAUCUGUGGUCGUGUAAGCCUUUCGGAAAUUAGAUUCAAUGCUUUAAGAAUAAUUGAUUUGUAAUUUAUAUGCGGGAAACAUGGUGCACAAAAAAUCUACCUAUCGACUUAUGUUCAAAAAUUAUGAUUCUGAAGUGAGGAAGACUGUCUGGGAAGAAAACAAUUCACUCAGAUUAAGAAGAAGAGAAGAAGAAAGGUCACAUCAUAAGAUAGAGGAGGACAACAGUUGUUGUGAUUGUGACUCUUCGGAUGAGGAAAUCAUUAGACCUCCCAAAACCCUAAUGAAAAAUGUCAGCGUACAAAGUCAGCCAGAAACAUUCCAUCAAGAAGUAUCAGUAGCACAAUCAGAUCAAAAGAAGGUUCUCCCAAAUGUACCACGUCUCCAUUUUUCGCCAGAUGAUUCCCAAGGAAUUCCUUGUGUACUUUGCAGGCAACAGAAGGAAGCUGUUCAUUAUGAGAGUGAUACUAAAGAUACUAAAGAAGAUUUGAACCCACAGUAUUUAAUGCCGACAAGUGAUCCAGAACAAAGUGAGCCUAAAGACCUGUCAAGGGAUAGCAGACAGUUAGGUGUCAUGCGAUCUCGAUCUCAGGAGAGAGAGUAUGACCUUCUACCAGUAUCAAAAGAAUCAGAAGCACGGCCAAGGUCAGCAUCUUCGUCAAAGGCCAAACUAGUGAGAAGUCAUAGAUACCCAUACACGUCUCAGCUGUCAAGAACACUGAGGAAGAAUUUUCAUGACAGUGAUAAAAAGUUAAUUUACUUACCUGUUGGAAGUGGGCAAGUUGUUCGCUCUAUAGGUGAUCAGACAUCAUUUAACGUUCAUCUGAAUAAGGAGCAGGUUCGUUCAACUGCACUUCAAGCCUCUGCUCAGCGCAACAGGGAAAUAGAGAAUCUCAUCAAACGGCAGCGUAAAAUCAACCUUGAAGAUUGGAGAGAGAAAAAUAAAGUUGAACAUAUAAAUAAUUCAAGUAUAUUCUUAGAAGAUGAUAAAAAUAUAUUUUCCAGGUCAAGGCCUAAAGAAAAACUGUAUGAUGAUCAGCACAGGGUGAGGGUGUUUUCUAAUUUUUGUAAGCAUUGUGGUGGAAGGAAAUGAUGAUUUAAGAUUUAAAUUAAGUAUAGUGCAAUAAAAUUGUUAUUUGUGUGUAUAGCAAUAAAACCUUCAAACUUUUAUUUUAUACAUGCCACAGCUGCCAUUAUCAGGCUUGUGGUAGACUAUACGUUAGGAGUAACAAAUGUUGAUGCAACAGACUAUCCUCAAAUCAUUACAUUUUUUACUUAGGUCCAUUCACUUUUGCAGCCAUCAGAAUUCUAGGAAAAGUUAAGGUUAUUUGUAAAAAGUAAUUGUACCAGUGAAAAUAUUAUGACAGGUAAUGCAUAUUUAAAAAAACUAAAAUGGAGUGCCAGUUUUUGGCACUACGUAUAUGUAUGUAGUAGUCCCUGAAUUGCAUCCUUUUCAAUUUACCUGUGAUCAGGGACUUACUGUCAUGAAUAGUGGAUUGUCCAUCUUGGUGUAUCUAUGUCUUCAGAAUGUUUGUUUAGGCUUUUCACAUCACAUUCACGCUUUCACUGUGUACUAUAAUGUUUUUUUUUUCAUAAUUUUCGUACUUGAUAAGUACAGUCAGUAAUUUUUACAGUUUUUGUUUCAUAUUAAGCUGCACUUUUGAUUUUGAUUCUCACUUGGUGCUACCUGCAGGGUUAGGCAUCUUUUUGCACUGACUGAUGUGUUGAGUGUGAUCCCUGGUUUGAGGCUCACUGGGAAUAGGUAUGGAAUCAGGAAAUCUCAUGUAGGUAUGGGCAGUUUUUACUUUAGAAGGAUUUCCCUGUAGUGCUGAUCUCAGUUCAUGGAGCCACAUGGGGCUGCCUUGCAGAUCAAUUAGAUUGAGAUCACAUUUUCUCUCCAUUGCCCAGCUCUUGCUCCCACAAGAGAUCCUGGAGCAAUCUUUUAGUUAUAUCAUACAAUUAGGUUUUGUUCAGUUGGAAAGAGUAAACUUACCACAAAGAAAAGAAUUUUUUUCAAAUGGCAGCUACUGACUACCUCUGUUGCUAAUGCUUCUGAUAACAAGGCAUUAUAAAUCCACUAGUCUACUUACCCAACAAGGGAACAAAAAUAAGGGUUAUGUGAAGUACUGGUUUGACUAAAUAUAUAGAUCCUGCAGUAGUGUGAACAUAUAACUAGAUAAACAUUACUCUUCUAUUAAUGAAUCACUUGAUAAGCUCCAAACACACUCAGAGAUGUCACAGCUUAAAAGGAAAAGCUUUGUAAUUUAUGUUUUAAAAACAAAUUUUUAUUGUUCUGUAGCCCCACUUUUGUUUAUUGUUUGGUAGUACAACCCCGUUUAACCAGUUUAAUCUGGUUUUGUAGCUUUUAUCAUGCCUCCUUUUGACAGGUACCUCUUGUGGAGAGUCCCCUUUUAGUGUCCAGUGAAAAGAAAUUAGUUGUCUCCUCCCUUU